CCUCCAUUCUCUCUGGACGUGUCAGUCAUGAAGCCUUAUUUAAUGACCAUUUCCAUCCUUCUGAUCCUGGUUCAUAAGACUCCAGGUGGUCUGUUCAGAUCCUCUUAUGGCAAGAAACAGGAAGAGCCUUGGAAUCCAUGCCAGCUGUACCAUGGCAUGUGCCGAAAUGCCUGCAGAAAACAUGAAAUUCUAUACUUAACCUGUCUAAAUGAUCAAAAGUGUUGCCUGAAAUUUUCUAAGAAAAUAGCCAGUGCUAAUGAGAAGGAGGAUUCAGACUCCGACUCCAACUAGUCUUUUACGAACCCUUCAAGCUACUCUCGGAUUUGAAUAUCAGCAACCUUACCCACCCCUCCCAUAAAAAUGCAUUCCUUCUCAAGUGUGUGUCUUUCAUCUGUGAGCAGCCGUUAUUGGACAGAAAAAGGAAGGUUAGGCUGGGAGCUGGGGGGCCACUGAGUAUAGACAAGGGCAAAAAAGCAAAUAAGAUAUGAGGGU